CAAUAGCUGUGUCAGGCUGUGUUGUUUUUCCUGGCUGCUUGUCUGUGGCACAGGAGGAACGCUAGCUAGCAUUCUGUUCAAAUUCGGCUAACGGUACGCCUGUGAUUAUCUGAUCGAAGUAAUGAAUUUAUUUCCGUCAAACGCACACGGGAACGGACUCUUGUACGCGGGAUUCAACCAGGAUCAUGGAUGCUUUGCUUGCGGAAUGGAGAAUGGGUUUAGAGUGUACAACGCAGACCCACUCAAAGAGAAAGAAAAACAAGAGUUCAUGGAGGGCGGGGUCAGCCAUGUGGAGAUGCUGUUCAGGUGUAACUACCUAGCGCUGGUCGGAGGAGGGAAGAAGCCCAAAUAUCCACCUAACAAAGUGAUGAUCUGGGAUGACCUGAAGAAAAAGACGGUUAUAGAAAUCGAGUUCUCCACGGAGGUCAAAGCAGUGAAGCUUCGAAGGGACAGGAUCGUUGUGGUCCUGGACUCAAUGAUCAAAGUGUUCACGUUCACCCACAACCCUCAUCAGCUGCAUGUAUUUGAGACCUGCUAUAACCCCAAAGGUCUGUGUGUGCUGUGUCCCAACAGUAACAACUCUCUCCUGGCGUUCCCGGGCACCCACUCUGGGCAUGUGCAGAUCGUAGACCUGGCCAACACCGAGAAGCCUCCAGUGGACAUCCCCGCCCAUGAGGGGGCGCUGUGCUGCAUCGCCCUCAACCUGCAGGGAACCAGGAUAGCCACCGCCUCCGAGAAAGGAACCCUGAUCAGAAUAUUUGACACCAUGGCAGGUCACCUGAUUCAGGAGUUGAGGCGGGGGUCACAGGCCGCUAACAUCUACUGCAUCAACUUCAACCAGGACGCGUCCCUCAUCUGUCUGUCUAGUGACCAUGGUACAGUCCACAUAUUCGCUGCAGAGGACCCCAAGAGGAACAAACAGUCCAGCUUAGCCUCUGCUAGUUUCCUUCCUAAGUACUUCAGCUCCAAGUGGAGUUUCUCCAAGUUCCAGGUUCCAUCAAAUUCGCCGUGUGUGUGUGCCUUUGGAACAGAACCCAACUCUGUCAUAGCCAUUUGUGCUGACGGCAGCUACUACAAGUUCCUGUUCAACCCGAAGGGGGAGUGUUCCCGAGACGUCUACGCCCAGUUCCUGGAGAUGACUGAUGAGAAGAUCUGACCUUUAACCCAGACUCCUCCUGCAGACAGACAGAUGUGUGUUUUAUUUUCUGGAGCAGGAGGACAAGGGGGAUGGACAGGAGGAGGUUAGGUGUCUCUGCUCACCCAGUGCUGUUAGACUCUCAAUGGAGAGAGGGAGACCGCCUUAGAAACGACAAGACGGAUGGAGGGAGCGAUGAAUGAAGUCAAUGUCCUCUCUGACACAAACUACUUAGAGACCAUCCUUGAACAACUAGCAAAGGACAGACCGAUGGACAGACUGUCACCUGGACCUUGUUGUCCUGCUACUCUGAGAACCAAACGGAAAUGUAUUUUUGUUGCUUUUUAAAGAUGUCUUCCGUGGAAUUUACAAUGAUCGGUUGAUUAUUCUGGUUCUUUUUUUUAAAAGGCGUAUUGCGUUAAUUCCAAUAGGUAUAUACAUAGAAAAAUAAAUAUUGUAAACUAACACCACCUAAUCUAACUAUAGGGAGUGCCUCUGAGCUGAAUCUAUAUUGGAGUGUGUAUAUACUCGCAUAUGUGCCUUCAGGAAGUAUUCAUAACCUUUGACUUAUUUCUCAUUUUGUUGUUACAGCCUGAAUUAUAAAUUGAUUAAAUAUAUCAUUUACAUUACAUUUAAGUCAUUUAGCAGACGCUCUUAUCCAGAGCGACUUACACUUACAUAUAUAUAUAUAUUUUUACACACAAUACCUCAUAAGUGAAAACAUGUUUUUAGAAAUGUUUGCAAAUAUAAAAUUUAAUGCAGAUAUUUCUAAUUUACGUAAGUAGUCACACCCCUGAGUCAAUUCUUUGUAGAAGCACCUUUUGACAGUGAUUACAGCUGUGAGUCUUUCUGGGUACGUCUCUUAAGAACAUUCCACACCUGGAUUGUGCAACAUUUGCUCGUUAUUCAUUUUCAAAAUGUUUCAAACUCUCAAAUUGGUUGUUGAUUGUUGCUAGACAUCCAUUUUCAGGUCUUGCCAUAGAUUUUCAAGUAGAUUUAAGUCAAAACACCAACUCAGCCACUCAGUUACAUUCACUGUCUUCUUGGUAAGCAACUCCAGUGUAGAUUUGUCCUUGUGUUUUAGGUUAUUGUCCUGCUGAAAGGUGAAUUCAUCUCCCAGUGUCUGGUGGAAAGCAGACUGAACCCCAGUCCUUAAC